AUGGGCAUAGUCGAGGCCUUCGUCGUUGAGAUCCCGGCAACGCUGGCUAGCAAGGCAUUGAGCAUUGUGAAACCCAUACUGCCCAAUGACCGCAGCUUAUCCUUCGCUCACCUCCGUCGUGUUUGCACGCUGACCCAUCUUCCAACCGAUCUGGCUUGGAGACGAGACUACGACAGCAAUGGCCUUAACACUGUCUUUCUGCUCGUCCCCAGUUCGCACCUUCUGCCAUGGUACAAGAUCUGUGAGGUCUUCGCUACUCAUAUUGAGGUCGAGGGCCUGCCUCGCUGCUUCAAUGCAGUAGUUCCACGCUACGCACCUAUGAGCGGCGAGCAGGCUACCAUGUGGACUGAGCGAUACUGGCCAACUCAGUACAACCCAGCCGCACAGCUGCUGCAAGAUGCUCCUCCUCUCAAUCAGCUUCGACGCGUACAGGCCGAGCUCGACACCUCAGCUACGGCACACUUCAUGCAGAUCGCCCGUAUGGCUGGACAAGAGGCAGAGCAAAGUGGACUGGGUUGGGGCAUAGGGGCUGUCGUUGUCAAUCCAAAGACUGGGCAGAUCAUGGCUGUCGCCGGCGACGCCAGGCACUGGAGUGAUGAGAAGACUGCCCACCACUGUGUCAACAUUGGUGGUCAGGGCCGUGUUGAGCAUCACGCACUUAUGCGCGUGGUUGCCAUGGUUGCCAACAAAGAGCUUCGCCGGAGACUUCGCACCGGCGGCCAUCGGAAGUUCGCCACCACCUGUACUGAAACGCCGGCUGGACAACCAUUGACUGACAUUGAGAACGCUUACUCUGAAGAAUUUGCCAGUCCCGUCUCCGGUCUGUCCACUCCUACCUCGCCGAAGGACCCCUCCGAGAGUCUCGCAGGUAUGAUGAACCGCAGCAUGACGCUGGAAGGAAGCAGCAGUAGUGCAGCCAUCACACCCGCUGCUGCCGCCAGCCCCCUUCUAAGAACACUGUCGGCGACGUCAAACGGUGCAGCCCCCAUGACGCGGACAAUGUCAGGCACCUCCAUCGCUUCAGUCUCCACCACCGGUUCCAAGUCCGAUGGCUACCUCUGCAGUGGUCUGGAUCUAUAUCUCACACACGAACCUUGCGUCUGCUGCUCCAUGGCGAUGAUCCAUUCCCGGUUCCGCGCUUGCAUAUUCGAGAAGAGGAUGCCAGGCAGUGGCGCCUUGACGGCGCGAGAUCGUAAAGACAGCUUGGGCUAUGGCUUGUUCUGGCGAAGAGAGCUCAACUGGCGUGUCAUGACCUUCCACUACCAGGAACAGGCUGAUAAGCAUGGUCGACGGAGGAAGCAGGACAAGUAUACGUUCCAUGCUUAG